GGCGCUGCAGCGGGAGCUGGGCCGGCGGGCGUGGUUCGAGAGCGCGCAGAGUCCAGACGGGCGGCAGGGCCCGAGGGGCCGACCCUCAGCGUCCCUGGUCUUUCCAGCCCUCACUCGGAACCGCACAUGGCGAGGACACCGACAAGCAAGUCUUCGCCCGUAAGCGGUGGCUCACGCCUAUAGUCCAGGGAUGCCGAGGAGGGAGGAUCGCUUGAGUCCAGGAGUUGGAGGCUGCAGUGAGCCGUGAUCGCGCCACUGCACUCCAGCCUGGGCGACAGAGUGAGACCCUAUCUCUAAACAAAAGAAAGAACGUCUUCAAGCAUGGAGCCAUGAAGCUGGAUUUGGCUUUCUGUCGCUCUCUCUACAGGGUACAGGUGAAAGGGGGCAGACCCCUCAUCAUGCUUUCCAGGCAUCUGCCACUUCCCAGGAAUUGUCUCCCUGGAUAAACAAGCCGAAGUCUUUGGCUGUGCAGAAGCAGUAGCUGUGUGGUGGCACAGUCAGGAAAACUCGGGGGCCCUGUUGACAGUGACAAGGCCCUCCCCUCCCUUGGGCUGGACCCCUCUCUACAGCUAGGAGCCAAUGGCAGAACACAGAACCAAACCCAGUGAGUUGGACCAAGGGAAGUAUGAUGCUGAUGACAACGUGAAGAUCAUCUGCCUGGGAGAUAGCGCAGUGGGCAAAUCCAAACUCAUGGAGAGAUUUCUCAUGGAUGGCUUGUAUCCUUCAAGGUUUGAAUCAGCCACAGCAGCUGUCCACGUACGCCCUGACCCUGUACAAGCACACAGCCACGGUAGAUGGCAAGACCAUCCUUGUGGACUUUUGGGACACGGCAGGCCAGGAGCGGUUCCAGAGCAUGCAUGCGUCUUACUACCACAAGGCCCACGCCUGCAUCAUGACCCUCUUCUGAAGGCCUGGGGUGUCUCUUCUGCCACCAUGCCUGUGUCUGCAGGUUCCUGCCACCAGCCCCAGUCUGCUGCACGGGGCCUGGUGUUUGAUGUACAGAGGAAAGUCACCUAUAAGAACCUGAGCGCCUGGUAUACAGAGCUUCGGGAGUUCAGACCAGAGAUCCCAUGCCUCGUGGUGGCCAAUAAAAUUGACGCAGACAUAAACGUGACCCAAAAAAGCUUCAAUUUUGCCAAGAAGUUCUCCCUGCCCCUGUAUUUCGUCUCAGCUGCUGAUGGUACCAAUGUUGUGAAGCUCUUCAAUGAUGCAAUUCGAUUAGCUGUGUCUUACAAACAGAACUCCCAGGACUUCAUGGAUGAGAUUCUUCAGGAGCUCGAGAACUUCAACUUGGAGCAGGAAGAGGAGGAUGUGCCAGACCAGGAGCAGAGCAGCAGCAUCGAGACCCCAUCAGAGGAGGUGGCCUCUCCCCACAGCUGAGGGGCUGGGGCUAGGGGUGGGUGGAGCCCUUUUAAAAUACCCUUCCCUUCAACAACUCUCCAGCUCUGAAUGGAGAAACUCUCUAGGCCAUCCCCUCUUCUGCCUCCUGCAACCCACCCAUCCUAUUAGCCUCCCACAUUCAAGGCCCUUGAUACAGGGAUAAGGUCAGCACCAGCAAACUCUGGACUGGUGGAAAAAGUCCCCACCAGAUCUCCUUGAAGCAGAAUUAGGGAUCAGCAUCAUUAACACCUUCCCCACCCCCUCCCCCGAGGCAGACAGUGAAGAGAAUCAGAAAACAUGAUUAUAUGUCACUUUAAUAAAGGAAAUUUAGGUGUUUUUGCUUUUUUUGUUUUUGUUUUUGUUUUCUUUCCAAAGCUCACCUCGGGGACAAUUCCUUGUGCUUCUGCUGAGGUAAUGAUUGCCCCCCACCCACAGCUGAAUCUGUGAGGCCCCAUCCUUUCCCUACGUUGUCUCCCAUCUUUUUUCCUCUUCAGUCUCCCAAUCAUCUGGUUUGUUUGUUUCUUUGUUUGUUUUGAGACAGUCUCGCUCUGUCGCCAGGCUGGAGUGCAGUGGCGCAGUCUCGGCUCGCUGCAACCUCUGACUCCCUGGUUCAAAGGAUUCUCCUGCCUCAGCCUCCCGAGUGGCUGGCAUCACCAUGCCCAGCUAAUUUUUGUAUUUUUAGUAGAGACGGGGUUUCACCAUGUUGCCCAGGAUGGUCUCAAUCUCCUCACCUCAUGAUCCGCCCGCCUCGGCCUCCCAAACUGCUGGGAUUACAGGCAUGAGCCACUGCGCCCGGCCCCAGUCAUCUGUUUUUAAACAAGAGUUUUUGAGCAGAUAGCUAUUCAUUCCAGAUUUCUGUGUACCCACUCUGCUUCAGGAGCUCUUCUGGGUAAAGCUGAGAUCACAGGAACAGCAGGUGACAGGCCUAGCUAUAGUUAGGAAUACACAAGCGGUAAAAUCCAGAGUCCUUGCAGCCACACCACAAGGUACAUCCAUUUGGACUACAAGAAGAGCUUCCUUUAAAGUUCCUAUUUCAGCAUAAAGAGGCUGUCCUUUUUUUUUUGAGGAAUAGUUUGGACCUUGUGCCUCCUGUGGGAGGCUGAGGACUGCAAGAGGAGAGCUAGCAGAUAUGCCUGUUCACCCCUCUCUGGUACUUGUGGCUUGCUAGUGUGUUUUUAUGAUAAUCUUGGGCAUUGUUUGCAUUGUGUUUAUUAAUAGGGUUUUGUUUUUAUUGUUUCCUUUUUUACAGUAAAGGCUGAAUUACAUAAA